GGUUGAAACGUGUCAGGGAUUCAGAAUAGAUAACGUUCUUACGCACUCCAAGACUAAAUCUAAAAGGAGGGCAAGAGCUUAUAGUAACGUCAGAUCGGAAUCCAAUUUCCGUAGUUCGGAUUCCAAUCCAAUUGCUGGAUAUCUCUAUAAACACUUGCUCUACCCAUCCUAUCUGAAGAAACAGGAAAUACAAACCAGAAGAUAACAUCGGAAGGGCGAUAGAACGAUGGAGCUGAUACAAGUUCAACAAGAACCUAGCGGAAUCGCUUUUGUGACAAUCAAUCGUCCUAAAUCGCUGAAUUCGUUGACGAAAUCGAUGAUGACAGAUCUAGCGAGGGCGUUCAAGAGGUUAGAUGGGGACGAUUCGGUGCGGGUGAUCGUGUUAUCAGGAGCAGGGAGGGCAUUCUGUUCCGGUGUGGAUCUUACCGCUGCAGAAGAUGUGUUUAAGGGAGACGUGAAAGACGUGGAAACUGAUCCAGUUUUUCAAAUGGAGCUUUGUCGGAAACCUAUCAUCGGUGCGAUCCAUGGUUUCGCAGUCACGGCGGGGUUCGAGAUCGCCCUCGCCUGUGAUAUCUUGAUAGCUUCAAAGGGGGCCAAAUUCAUUGAUACUCAUGCCAGGUUUGGGAUAUUUCCUUCAUGGGGUCUUUCUCAGAAGCUGUCACGCAUUAUAGGACCAAACAAAGCUCGUGAAGUUUCUUUGACGGCCAUGCCUCUAACCGCAGGAGCUGCAGAGAAAUGGGGCUUGGUGAACCAUGUUGUUGAAGAAAGUGACUUGUUGAAGAAAGCCCGGGAAGUUGCAGAAGCCAUCAUAAGAAAUAAUGGAGACUUAGUAUUGAGGUACAAGUCAGUUAUCAAUGAUGGCUUUAAGCUGGACUUGCAUCAUGCUCUUGCGCUGGAGAAGGAGAGGGCUCAUAACUAUUAUGAUGGAAUGACGAAGGAUCAGUUUGAGAAAAUGCAGAAGUUCAUAGCAGGUCGUAGCUCGAACAAACCGCCUUCUAAAAUGUAAUCCUAACCAUUUUUUUUUUCCUGUUGUUUUAAUGCUGUACAAGUAAAUUUUGUUGAACCUUACAAGUGGGAUAUGUAGGAAGUAAAAUAAAGUAUCAAGCUAUUGUUCAAAAAAAGAAUAAAUUUUCAGCUUUGGUCCA